GAAAAAUUUAUCCAAUUAGCUGCUUCGUCCAUGAGGGAUCACGUGACUUUAGCGAGGUUUAAAGUAGUCUGUGUGUGCAGUUGAAAUCGUUUGCGGCUCAAGAACAGCGGAAAGGAGCACGUUUUUUUGCGGCUGCCUGCAAGCAGUAAACCUCAACCACAGAUGGCGAGCAACAUGAAGUCUGGCACAACUACUACUCCAUCCAGGACUCCUCAUGCAGAGGGAGCACAAGAAGAAAAUGAUAAAGGAAAUGCUGACCCAGAAAAACUUCUGCAGUGUCCCUUUGACAAAAGCCACCAAAUCCGGACCUGCCGCUUUCCUUACCAUCUCAUAAAGUGUAGGAAGAACCAUCCCAACCUGGCCAGUGAGCUGAAAACUUGCCCUUUUAAUGCUCGCCAUCUGGUCCACAAGCAUGAGCUGGCUCACCACACUGAGACCUGUGAGGACAGAAUAUCUGUGGACACUGAAGAGGCUGGAAGUGCAAAUGGCGCUUUUAACUGGCAUGUCCCAGUUAGUACUUGGAUGAAUCCAAACAUGGCUGAAGACUGGGACGAUGAAGCUGAUGAUGCUGCCAUUCCAUUUGUCUGGGGUGAAGCCAAAAUGCCAGAUCUGAUAGAGACAAGGCCAACCAGCAAUCUUGGUCCAAGUUUUAGAUCACCCAGCACUCUGCCAUGGCCAGGUUUUAAGCAAUAGAGGUUUACUGCAAGUCCAGAUGAUGCACCAUAGGCCUAAUGGAUAUGUGCAUAGGCAUUUCUUUUAAAUUUGUUCUUAAAGAGUCUAAUCACUUAAUGGGUAAAAGUGCCUAAAUAGAUUGGCUCAAAGUUUUGUGGAUCCCUUUUUUUACUGACUCAUGCCUUCUGCAGUCUUUUAUGUUACAUGUCAAUUUUUUUUUUUUUUUAAAUGUCAUGCAUCCUCAC